UAGCGCACAUACACGUACCACACACGUUCGCUCUAUAUGCGUGUACUGUCAUAUUGCACACGAUAUGAAUCCUGAAAACAUGACAGACAUGUUUCUGGCUCAUGCAGUAAAAUAUAUCUGGCGAGGCACACGAAACGCACCCAGCAUCCUGCACCAAUUAGUCACUCGUGAAACGAGGGGACCAAAAUGUUCUUGAUAUGCGCGCCGACAAGAGAGAAUCAACAAGCGUAUUAGAAUUUUGUGAUUUGCCCAGAUAGAAAAGAAAUUUCUCCUCUCUUUCUCUCUCUUCGCUAACUCUCUUCAUCAUGGCGCUUCUUCUGCUUGUCCGCAUGUUUGAACGGUCUCAUCAUCAAAAAACCAACAAGAUAACCGGGCCAACUUAUGCUUGAAUGAUCCUAUCGGCUGCUAGCGUCUUAUGCCAACUGGACCCGAGCGGAAAUCGAUGGACGGAUAUUCGAACAUGGCACUACUGUGUUUGUCUUUCCGUUAACUGCUUGAGUUAUCCAUUGUGACGGAUAAUGUGGACAUUAUAGGAUUUGGAUGGCAAUUUGCAAGCAAUAAAACGGCAGACCGAUUAACCGAUGAGAUCGGAUGCGGAACUAAUAGAAGACUGAAGGUUUGACCUGUCAAUUGGCUGGAUUGAGCGGGAACGCGGCUACACGGGCCCGGCGGUGUAUAACACACGUAUCGACGUGUCGGUUCCCAUCGCCGAUCAUAUUGUGGGAAGCUGUAUACUACUAUGAGUACCAGUAUGGGUCGGGAUCGAUCGGGGCAUGAUGAUUGCUGCGCGGACAGGGACAGUAUGGCCGGCACAACUACACCGAUACGCAGUGCUAGCUGCCCGUCCGCUUCCUCUCCCAUCCGCCGCCGCUACACCCUACUGAACUCCGACACAUCCGACUCCUUAGCCGCCUCCCCGCGCAGCACCACGUCACCACCGUACGGGCCGCCUACGCCCAGCAAUCGGCCGCAACAUGCCUAUGCUAAGCGUCCCAGCGCUGUUGCGGCAACCGCGGCAGUGCCGAUCAACAGUCCCAAUAUACCUUACAAUAGUAGUUCCGCUCUGUCACAGACAGCAUCCUGUACAUCCGCUGAUUAUAAUUCUCAUAAUUCCUAUUCAUCUGUCGAUCACUGGGAAUCCAGUACGAGUACCGGCAGCAGUACACCGUGCAGUCAGCCGCAUACCGUCGAUGUCGCCGGGAUUAUUAGCGCAUCGACAACAACUACAACAGCACCUGCUGCUGCUACACCCAAAGCGCCUGGCAAAUCAUCACCUUUCCGCGGGACACUCAAUAGUUUUAUCCGCUUACUGGCCGAUUGCACGGGCAUUAAUCAGUCCCGCCGUGAUCAUGCUGCCGGUCCACGGAAUAGUCAUCACCAUGCCGCCCGUGUACGACUGCGCGUGAAUAUGGCCAGCGCACAAGCCAGCCACUCAUACGAUAUGGUGCAUUUUAUUGCCGGCGGACAGCGCUUCUGCUGUCCGGAAUGGAUACUGGCCACGCAUCCCGAUACACUGCUCGGUAAUGCCGAUAAGCGGCGCCGCUACUAUUCGACGGCACGCAAAUGCUAUGUAUUUCCCGAUACCCUGCCCGAUGUGUUUAACGCGGUGUUGGAAUACUAUGAAGGGGAAAUGUUGAUGCGGCCGGGCCGUGUCGGACUGCGUGUUUACCUGGAACAGGUGGAGCUCUUUGAGCUGGAUCCCAAGGAGGUGCAGGAUCUUCUGAUUAGAGAAGGUAUCCGAUUUGAACACUUCACCCAAGGGCAUACGCAUAUCAAUUAUGAGCAUUUUAAGCAUCCUCUCCAUGCCCAAUUAUGGGAUAUCUUGGAGAAUCCGGAAACUGGUGUAUGGGCCAAAUUUAUUAGUGCACUGUCGAUGGGAUUAACGCUGCUGUCUGUUGUGUUAUUUUGUCUGGAAACCUUACCGGAACUGGACUAUCUCGACGUGGACGGAGAGGCCUCCUAUUCCGCACCACGCAAUCCUAUUUUUAUACUGAAUACCAUUUGUGUAGUGUACUUUAGUUUGGAGCUGAUAAUACGUUUUAUUGUCUGUCCAAGUAAAAAAGCCUUUGCUAAGAACUGGAUGAACUGGGUGGAUUUAUUCGCUGUUGUGCCUUAUUUCGUGACCUUAACCAUGAUUCUGGGUGAUGUUAAAUUCCAAGGUCAAACGUCCAAGUUUGCUGCCGUCAGAGUUAUCAGAUUAUUCAGGAUACUAAGGAUAUUCGACCUAUCACGCCACUACAAACUCAAAUCCGUCGGUGUACUAAUCCAGGCUAUUAAGAAUAAUUUCGAUAUAAUUGCCGUCCUGAUAUUCCUUCUCAUCAUCUGCGACAUCCUGUUCUCCGGCUUUAUCUAUGCCGUCGAGGGCGGACCCAAUACGGCCUACACCAGUAUCCCGGCCGGUUUCUGGUGGGCGGUCAUCAGUAUGACCUCCGUCGGAUACGGUGAUAGUGUGCCGAAGCGAGCCGCCGGACAGUUUGUGGCCUGUGUAUGCGGUGUGGUCGGGCUGAUUUUUAUCGCCUUCGUCCUGCAGUCGAUCGCGUCGGAAUUUCACGCCCUAAUGAAGACCUAUUCAGAGUACAAUGCCUAUUUGAAACUGUACGAUCACGACAAACGGGCGGAACAUCACACAGUGCGGAGUAAACUGCUGGCGGAAGACGACUAUCUGGGUCCGGAGAUCACCGUGUCGGUCAAUGGAGCGGAAUUUAUCUUUAAGCAAUACGAACUGGAUAAUUAUCCCAAUUCUCUUCUCGGAAACGUGGAAAAACGCCGGCCUUACUACAAUCCCAAAGAAAAACUCUACUUUUUUCCUCGUAACACAGAUAUUUUUCCGGCCAUUCACUAUUACUACCGUUCGAACGGUGCCCUACAACGUCCGCCCUACAUCAGUCUGCGUCGAUUUAUCGACGAAGUGGAGUUUUUCCAGCUGGGCCGGGAAGCCAUAAUCCCGUUGCUGGAAUUAGAGGGUAUCUACAUUGUGGAAACCCAAGAACCGGAUUCUCCCCGGCAAAAAUACUGGUUUCAUGUCUUUGAGAAUCUGGAAUACAAUACCCUGGCGAAGAUCGUGGCGGCCAUCUCCAUCGGCGCCACCGGCACAUCGGUGCUGGUAUUCUGUCUGGAGACCAUGGAAGUUUUCCAAUCGUGGAAUUGUUCUCUGCCGGACAGCUACCUAAACAACGCCAGCCAGCUGCACGUGGAUCCGCAUUACCAUCAUGUCUACAAUACAUCGCGCGCCACUUUCGGUACCCUCUUCACCGAGAACUGUACCGGCCCGGCGGCACUGUUUAUUGUGGAGACGAUGUGCGUCACAUGGUUUAUUUUCGAGCUGAUUAUCCGCUUUGCGGUGAGUCCACGCCGGUGGAAAUUCCUCCGCUCCGCGUUGAACUUUAUAGAUUUCCUGGCCAUCUUACCGUACUUUGUCUCGUUGGCGGAGCUAUUCUACGGCGAAACCAGCACCCUGGUGGUGGUCAACACCCUGGGGCUGUUGCGGACGAUCCGUUUAAUUAAAUUAGUCCGUUUAUUUAAAUUCAGCCGGCACUCCCGCCGCAUCCAGAUGAUCGCCGAGAUCCUCAAAGCCACGUGGGCGGAGCUGGGUUUGGCGGUGUAUUUUCUCCUCAUCGCCUCCGUAUUGUUCGGGAGUUUGGCGUAUAUUGCGGAGACCGAUAGUGAGGGUGAGGAGCAUAUUUCGUCCAUCCCGCGCGGCAUGUACUGGGCGUGGAUUACCAUGCUGACCAUUGGCUACGGGGAUGUGGUGCCCAUGACGGCGUGGGGCAAACUCGUCGGCAGCGUGUGCGCCGUCAUCGGUCUCGUGUUCUGGUCGAUCCCCAUGACCUUUGUUAGUGAUAAAUUCGAUGUGUAUCGGCGAUUGUACAAGGAUCGUGACUACUUGAUGGGCCUGCUGCAGAAGUUGAAGUUGGAAGCACAACAGGAGUUGCAGCAAGAAAGCAUGAGAAAAACAGAAAAUGGACCAAACGUGACCCAGCCUUUAUUAAUCGUCAGUGAUAAUUCGGGUGAAAAUAUUCCCCUGGAUGACCGGCACACAUUCCGGCGUACAUCCAGUCGUAAGAGCGUCUCCCUAUCGGCACUGAACCACUCCUGUCAGCCCGGCUCAACAUCCAUACUCAGUUUGCAGUUCGGCGAUGAAGUGCGGAGUAUUGACGGGGAAAAUAGUAGACCGGUAUUUGGGGCACUGGGCAUAACAUUGAACACCGAUGCCACACCAGCGACACCGGCGCACGGCUACACUUGAAAGAGCAUGAGAAAAAGAAAGCGAUGGGGAGAGAACGGGACCAUUCUCCAACGUAAACAUACUCUUUUCCUACAAACAAUACUACUCUUUUCCAGUCCAAGUGUGAAUGUGCACUGUGUACUUAAGAGAAAGUGGCCAAUUUUUUUGAUCAAGCAGAAUGUACUGGCGAUCGAUGGUGUUUUUGGCGGUACAAAUUACCCGUCACACUGCUGUGAUUUUUGCUCAUUUGUCUGGUGACCUUUACGGACUAGUCGGAGAGGCGCGUGGGUGUGCAAGUGUAAAAUUGUGGUCUAACGUCUUUAUUCUGAAAAUUUGUACAGCUGAAUGGCAAU